AUGAACUCUUCUUCUCAAAAUUUGAACUUACCAUUUGCUUUAAAUGAGCGCCCUAGAGGCGGCUCAAGAUCAUCAUCAACUGCUAGUGCUGAUAUCAGCAGUAAUGGAAUUAAGCAUAGAUCCAGGAAACACGCUGCUAAGGUAUUACAUUAUUUCAAUAAAUUGCGACGUAAAGGUCAGUUGUGUGAUGUAACAUUGGUCGUUGAAAGUAAAAGAUUCUACUGCCAUCGUGGUAUUCUAGCGGCUUGUAGCCCUUAUUUUCGUGCCGUAUUUAACGAAAAUUCAUCAAUAAAUCCUGAAGAAGAAAUUUGCAUUCAGGAUGCGGACGAAGAAUCAGUUGAAGCUAUCCUUGAUUAUAUGUAUACGGCAAAUAUUAUAAUUAACGAAAAUAACGCACAUAUUCUAUUUCCUAUUGCUAGUCUAAUGCAACUGGAUGAAAUAUUGGAUACUUGCUCUCAAUUUUUAAGGGAUCAGCUAACUCUUUCCAACUGUUUAAGUGUACGAACUUAUGCUGAUGAUCAUUCGUCUCAAGACUUAUAUCAAACCGCAACAGCUUAUAUUCAAGAAAAUUUUACUGAGAUUGUACUACAAACUGAAUUUUUGGCAUUAUCCAUAACACAAUUAGUGGCAAUCUUAAGAUCAGGUAAUCUUAAUGUUCCGAACGAAGAAUUUAUUUACCAAGCAAUUAUCGAUUGGGCAAGGUAUGAUAUUAAGCAAAGGCGAGAUCAGUUACAUCAGGCUUUACAGCAUGUUCGUUUAUCCUCGCUUAAUCCUCGAUAUCUAGUUACCGUUGUAAGUCAAGAACCACUAAUUAGAUGUGAUGAAAAAUGUCGUGAUUUAGUAGAUCAAGCAAAAAAUAUCCUACUUUUACCAGAGGCGAUUGCGAAUAGAGCUAACACUACCACCGUUAGAAUUCAUCAAUCAAAGCAACCUCCUGUUACUAACAUGAAUGGAGCCAGCACUACUAUGAUUUACGUUGUAGGUGGUUGGAGCCAUGGAAAAGCUGAUAAUACUGUUGAAGUUUGCCAUGCAUGCUAUGGAAACUGGAAAGUAGUUUCUAAAAUGAAUAAACCGCGAUAUGGAGUUGGUGUAGCAGUCUUGGAAGAUAGUAUCUUUGCUAUUGGAGGUCAUGAUGGUAAAAAUUAUUUAGACACUGUGGAACAAUUUAAUCCGAAAACAAAGUAUUGGUCUCUAGACAUUGCGACGACUCGCACUUGCCAUACCAGUCAUGGCGUUGCUACUGUAAAUAACUGUAUUUACGCCAUUGGAGGCCAAGAUGGCGUUUCCAGUUUAAAUCUAGUCGAACGUUAUGAUCCUCAUCACAAUGAGUGGUAUUCUGUUGUACCCAUGAAAUCUCGUCGAUUAGGGCUUGCAACGGCUGUAGUAAAUAAUUGUAUUUAUGCUGCAGGUGGAUUUGAUGGUACUGCGAUUCUUUCAACAGUUGAACGGUUAGAUCCUAGAGAGAAUCAAUGGGUAGCAAUAUCGCCCAUGAAUAAAAGAAGAAAGCAUCAUGGAGCAACGGUUAUCAACGGAAUAUUGCAUGUCGCUGGUGGACGAGAUGACUCUAAAGAACUUAAAACUGUAGAAUAUUACGAUAGCAGAAAUAACACCUGGAUUCCAACCACGUCUAUGACUACGUUACGUAGUGGAAUGAUCCUGACUGCAUUCAAUGACCAAUUAGCUGUAAUUGGCGGCUUUGAUGGUGUAGAUUACUUGAAAAGUGUAGAGAUACUUGAUAGGGAAUUAGAGGAGUGGAAAUAUUGUUCAGGAAUGAAUCAUUCGCGCUUAGGAGCUGGUGUUGCCGUGUUAGAGUCGCCUUGA